CUGGCCCGUUCCCGCCCCUGCUAUAAAGCGCCCCACCAGGGCGGCGAGUCGGCGGCAAUCGCGGGCAGUGCGUUCCGGAGGACGGUACGCGCGCUGGCCGGGGCAGCAUGAGGCCCUCCGUCCCGGCCCUCUGGCACAGCCUGGCUCUCGCCUCGCUCCUCUACGUCAUCAAACUCAACCUCCGUUGGGACGUGGCUCGCUUAGUGCUGAAGCCCGAGGAAUACAUGAGCUACGGCGGCCACUGGAAGUUCCUCACCUUUAUCAAUCUGGUUUUGCAGGCUUUUUUCAAUGGCAUCUCCUUACUGGCUGAUGUGUUCAUAUUAAUGAAGAAAGAGCGAAUUGCUAACUUCUUGCUGCCCUUCAGAGACUUGCUCUUCGGAUCCCUGGUUUUUCCUGGAGCCGCUUUUGUAGCCACAGCCUUUUGGACAAUCUUCUCUUAUGAUCGAGAGAUGAUUUUUCCCAAGAUCCUUGAUGAAACUGUUCCUGUGUGGAUGAAUCAUGCUAUGCACACUUGGAUAUUUCCGGCAGUCUUGAUAGAACUCUGCAUCACUCCUCACCAUUAUCCAUCAAAGAGAAAAAGACUUGCUUUGUUAGGAAUUGGCUGUUUGAGCUAUAUCUCUUGGCUAUUACAGAUUUAUUCAGUAACUGGGAAGUGGGCCUAUCCUAUCUUCAAUUAUCUGAGCCCACUCAGCAUAGCAGUCUUUUUCCUUCUGUGCCUUGGAUUUGCCAUAUUGUACAGUAACAUGGGAGCAUUUCUCUGCCGCAUGAUUUGGGGUGACACAGUGGUAAUACUUGACAGUUCCAUGAAGAAAAGCAAAUGAAACCUCCAUGGAUGCCAGAGCAAGCCUUGCUCAUAUCUUGAAAUCAGAGGAGGAGACCAGGAAGACAUCUCUGUGUGAUACCAAUUCUCCAUCCCUGUUGAACAUUACAUUUCUUCUAAUGAAUCCAGAUAGGUGACCAGGUGUUCAUGGAAUGCUAGUGGCUGAGUGGUUGGGCAGAACUCUUUUGGUGGAACAGCUGGCAGAAUUCUGGAGGAGGUUACCUGAUUGCAAGGAAGGCAUUACUCUACUUCAAGACGAGUCUCCUGCUAUAGAAAACUUGUUCAAACGCUUCUAGUGCCUGUCAUGAUCAGGAGAGGGGAGGGGCUUCCUUCCUCCCACUCGAUCACUAAUUUCUCCCAGUAGCGUGCCACAACCCAAAUUAAACAGGCUUCACCCUUCACCAGCUGCUGGCGUAGCUGGUGAACGUCUGAGUAUAUUCAGAGCACUAGCAAUGGCUCGAGCAGAAGGCUUGUGAGUGAGGACACAUUGGCACAGCUUAACCAAAGAAAGGUCUUUAUUGGACUACAAAAGAAUGUAAAUUAUAGAGGGAUCACACGGUAUUUAGGAAGUUGCCUUGCACUAGGCUUGCAAGAACAAAGUGGCUAAUGCCAUGUUGAGAAUUACCAGGCAGUACCUGAGACGACAUCUGCUUGGAUGGGGAAAGUGAAGGCAAGCCCAUCUUUUUGGACCCUCCAUUCCCUUCUGAGCCACAGAAGCCCACAUACAAAGGGUGUUGAAGCCCUUUAUACUUUAGCCUUCUCCAUGGCUAAACUGGCUCCUGGUUAUGUAGGCACCGGCAGGCCACAAUGACAGUUUUAUCAUGGUACCAAAAGGCUAAAGCAACAUACAUUUAUUUAGCCCAAGGAUGUCACACAAACAGCUCAAGGAGAGGUGUCAAGUUGAGCAAAUGGUGUUUUUAUUGUGCUUCUCUCCCCUCCCUGCUUUCCCAGGGCUGGAUUUGAAUUUAAAAAGGUGGAUCACAACAGGCCUGUUUGAUACCAAGACAGUGCCUGCUUGGGCCAAUUUAAACCACCAGUGUGUGCCAGAACAUAGAAUCUCCCAGGUCUGCACUAGCUCUUGAAGGAUGAAUUAUGCCCUCUCUGUCGCACCUGCCACUCAUAGACUACUUUGGGCAUGAAAGGAGGAGCCCAGUCUCCACUGAGGGGGGCCACAGAAGGAUCCAGAACCUUCUGUGUAGUUGCACAACUUUAGAAAUCAGAUUACCUACAGUACACUUAGAUGCACUGUGCAUAUAGGGCCCUAAGUCUGCUGUCCUGUCCCUCUGCCAGUAGAGAGUAGACAGUAGAGAGAGCAAACUAGCUGAGAUGGGAUAAGAUAAUGGGGACCAUAAGGGCUGAUGAAGGGUUGGAGAGCACUGGGCUCCGGAGAACACUGAUGACUGCCCCAAACCUUGGGGCCCUGAUCAGUCUGUAGUUUAGAAUAACAACCCUGACCAGUUAAAUACGUCAUAGCCCUGGUGAGCCUGAUCUCAUCAGAUCUCAGAAACUAAGCAGGGUCGGCUUUAGUUAGUAAUUGGAUGGGAGACCUCCAAGGAAGACCAGAGUUGCAGAGGCAGGCAAUGGCAAACCACCUCUGUUAGUCUCUUCCCAUGAAAACCCCACAAGGGGCCACCGUAAAUCAGUUAUCACUUGAUGGCACUCUCCACCCCCCCACCCCCCAAGUUUAAACUUAAUCCACUUUGGAUUAACACGGUUCACUAUCUUUAAACAGAUCUUUUACAAUAAAAAGGAAGAAAAAAUAAUCUGUUAUAAAGAAACAGACAAUGUCCUAACUCAAUAUCAUGGAUUAAGCAUUCAUUAAUUAGCAUGCAGUACUUUCAAUGUGGCUGCAGCAAGAAAUCUUCUGCAAUAUUAAUAUGCAUUAAGGUUUUUUGUUUUAAAAAAAGAAUUAACAAGAUUCCUGACAGUCACAUGGUUUCUUUCAGGUUUCAGAUACGGUAAUCCUGGGUCAGAAUAAUCUAAUUAUGACAACUCCAUGAAUGAGCUGACAAAGUAUAUAAUUUACAGUAUCGCUUAGCCCACCUCUCCCUGCCACAUUUAACAUUCAGCGACUAACCUUGCUUGCUCAUUUGCCAUUAGCCUUUGCACUUGGAGCGCUGGAAUUAAUGUUUUUAAAAAAGAAAACUAAAGAAAUAAACAUGACAAAAGUUCUUCGACAGUAUUGUUAAAUGUAACAUUACCAUUUUAAAUGCUGUCUCCCUCAUCAUGAACAGGCCUACUGCUAUGCAAACUCAAUCAGGGAUUUAGAAAGAGGACAUUAGUGGUCCUUUAUCUCAUUGCAGCCCCAGGAACAGCACUCCUGUCCAUAGCAGUUUUGAAUUGGGAACAGAUGCAGGCAGCAGAAUGCUGUUAGAUAGAGUUAGCUGUACUAGAAACGGUCCGUGGGCUGCAAGGUACAGGCUUCAGGCAGGUAGUCAUCUUGGUCUGCAGUAUAACAGCAGGAUUUGAGUCCAGUGGCACCUUGGAGACCAACAAGAUUUUCAGGGUAUUAGUUUCUCAAGAGUCAAAAUUCCUUUCUUCAGAUACAGCGUACAGUCUGUUACUUUGUGGAAUCGUGCAGGAUCAGUGGCCUUGCUACCCAGUUCGGGAGACUGCUUUCAGUAGACUCUGGCUGUAGUGCUUGCAUAACAGGAAAUAAAGCAUGUAUUUCAAAAAAAUACUGUAAGCUUCUAGUGGUAUCUCAUCCAAAGGAAACUAAGCCCUCUAGUGCUGUCCUUAGAAUCUCUCUUGGGGAAGUAGAGAAUACUUAGCUAUAUUGAUUGUGAGUUUACUGUGUAUUUUCUGUUGCAUUGUCAAUAUAUAAAGAGAGACACACCCUGAUCCAGCAGUUAGCAAGGGGACUGUGCUUACACAAACAAAGCUUGUUUCACAAAAUCAUCUCCACUGACUUCAGUGGAGAGAGAAGGUCCAUGAGAAAGUAGGAUAUGUAUAUUAGCUACCUUUGCUAAAGUCUAUGGGAAAGCUUGAAUAUGUAGGAGCUCUGUCACAACAAUGCACAUGGGUCUGAACUGUUAUAUCCCCCCCCUCCCGUAUUGAUGGAAAUGCUGAUCCUGAGCUUGAUCGAUCCAAAGCUAAGCAUCUGACUUCAUCGGGAAGGUGUUACGGUAACAUUCAGCUUUCUCACUGAAAGCAACAAGAGCCUAGUUAAUAUGUCUCUUUAUUUGAAAAUAAAUCUUAACUAAAUGGGACAUACAGGCAAAUAUGUACAGGAUGGGCAAUGCUUAAGGAAAUGUUUCAAAUUUAUGGAAAAGGGACAAUUUUAAGGUGCAAAGCAGCUUGGAGGUCUCCUAUUUGUCACUUCUACGGAAAAGUUCAUCAAUUCUGAGUGUGUUCAGUAACGCCAGUGCAGUACCUAGGAGGAUGCUAGGAAGAGGGUUAACAAAUGCUUUAAAAAUAAUAAUUCAGGAUACAGGUUUCUCAUAAGAGGAAAAGGUCAACCCAAACAGCAAACACUGAAGGAGUUUCAACUAAGUACGUUAUUCAGUGUUCAGAACAGUAUUGUUUAAGAAAACUAGGAAACAUACCAUAUAGACCGUCACAAAUUGGAUUGUAUUUGUGAGAUUUUAUCCAAGGGAUUUCAUCCAAGGGAUUCAACUUGGUGUAAGGGGUGAUCCUCCCAAUUUUAUCCUCAAAACAGCAUUGCAAAGCGGGUUAAGUUGCGAGAUUGUGACUCACUAAAAGUCAACCUGUGAACUGUAUGGCAGAGUAAAAAUUUAAACCCUGGUCUCCCAAGUUUUAGUUCGGCAUGCUAAGCAGGACACCAUACUGGCCAGUUUACCAUCCCAAUUUGUUAAAAAGUUAUAAAUUUCGGAUUCUGGUUUUUUAAGAAAAUUAGGCAUAGAAGCCCAUAAAAGAAAAAUCCAACAGAUGCAGGAGACGAAUAAAUGUAGGUCUCAAUGUUUUCUAAGCAAAUGGCUAUUCGGGGAGCAACACUAAAAAAAGAAAGAACUCCUAUGCAGCAGUAUAACUGCGUUGUCUUGCUCCCCAAAUAACCAGUCCCCCAUGACUAACUCCCACAAUGAAAACCAGGCAUAGAUGCUAGCAAAGUUACCAACUGCAGUUCAAGACUUCAUGAGCUAUUUAUAGCUGCAGUCUUCUUUUGGUUUGCGUCUGUGCAAAUGAGAAGAGUUCUGUGAGCGAGACACCCACAUGCUCACAAGGCCCAGCUGGGAACGAAUGCUUUCGUGAUGCUUGGCUGCAUACCACGUGAAGCUGGAGGAGAAAGAGAGAGUGAGCGAGCGUGCGCGCAUGCGUGGGUGCUAGUGGGAGCACCUGAGAUCCAGUAAAGCUGAUAAGAAUGCUGGACUUGUACCAGGCAGGCCUGGGUUCAAAUGCCCUUCCCACCUAGAAGAUACCAUUGAACAUUUCAUAGGUGAAAAUAGGAUAUUUCAGGCAUAAGUAGGUGUGCCUGUGGGUGGAGUCUGGUCACACAACUAACAGCUGGGCCAACGCAAUCCAAACUGAUGUGCCCCAAGCAGAAAAACAGGGCUGUGCUUACCUGUAACUGUUGUUCAUGGAGUGGUUUUCUGUGCAGGCACACAUGAAGUUGCCUUAUGCUGAAUGAGAAAGCAACUCAGACUGGCAACAGCUCUCCAGCGUCUCAGGUAGAGGCCUUUUACAUCACCUGCUGCCUAGUCCUUUUAACUGGAGGUGUAGGGGACUGAAUUUGGGUGCUUUCACAUGUAAGCAGAAGCUCUUCCACUGAGCCACAGCUCCUCCCUGUAUAACACAGACGUAUACACUCCACAAUAAGACGACUCCAUUUUACAACCAAAGAGCACUGAAGCCCAGAAGUGACUAGGUGGCAUCCAUCUGUGUAUAUCCAUGGUUUUUAUGCAGAAAUAAAAAUGGGAAAGUGCUUUUCUUCUACCCUGCAUGAGUGUGCUUGCCCUCCUCUCUAAGGAAGAAGCUGUGCUCAUCUUAAUAUUUUAUCAAUCAGUUCAAGUGUAGGUGGAUAGAAGACUGUUCUUUGCCCAAACUCCUCCAGCUUUGCAGAACCCUGCAGCAGCUCUGGCUGGUUUCCCCAACCUGUGUAGGCUGGGAAAAGGAAGUUAGCAAUAAUAAAAGCAUCUAAUUAUCAUUUGACAUUAUGGUUUCGGAUAAGAAAAUGCAGAGAGGGAAAAUAUCAGUAAAUUCAUAUAUACUAUACACACACACACACACAAAUACACAUACAUACCAAUUUCUAUGUAUGCCUCUGUUGGAAAUUCUGUAAUAAACAAUGACUGUUCUUGGCCUCCAUAAUCUGUGUUGCAUGAAAAUAUGCACACACAUACAUAAUUUGGAAAACUAGCUACUCAGUGUAGCUGUCAUAUAAGCACAAGUAGUGUAUAAAUGAAUGGAACAAUGCCUUUAGAAUCAGGAAAUUUGGAAGCCAGAGUUUUCUUUGGAAAAAGGGAUUUCACCAGGGAUUAAUCACUUUCUCUCCUAACCUACCUCAAAGGGUUGUUGUGAGGGUGACCCCACAUCUGCUGCACUUAAAGGAAAGGCAAAAUACAACAGAACCAUAAAAGACUUUGUAAAUGAUUAAAAGUAUCUGCAAAAAAGAGAAACUUGCAAAAAUGUAAUUUUAAAGCCAUUGGAGGGGAAGGAGGAAAGAAAGCAAAGGGCAACGCUGUAGUUAUGUCUUACAUUUACUUUCAGGUCCUGGUUGCAUUUCUUUCAGCUGGUCUAUGGAAAAUAAACUGUUGCUAGGGCUACAUAUAAAGGCGAGACAUUCUAAAUGGAAUGACACAAAUUAAAAUCAGACCAUUUUCCCAACAGCCUUAUUUAGGAGCCACAGAUUCCAAAGGCAGCAAUCAAGGCUAUUACCACCCCCCCCCCCAAAAGUAUUUUGUUUAUACGGAUACUAUUAAUGUUAAGGUUUUUUUAGCCAACACAAUAAAAAUAAUGUAAUCGUAUUAGUUUAAUAAAGUUGCAUGUGUCAGUAGUAUGGGGGAUACGGGGGGAAAUUUACUCGUAUGCUCCCAGCAGAAAGUAACUCCAGUGGGCACAUAUCUUUUAAUAACUUAAUUUACCAAAAUUACAGCAAAGCAAAAGUCAUUCUAUAGGCUGGCUACCUGUUCAAGUAUUAGAAGAUUCCUUACUUAUUAUAUAAUGUUUGUUGGAAUUCUGCUAAUUUUAAAUUUUUUUUCAAUUUUAGUAACUGUAAAUAAUGUUUGUAGAUACGAUGAUGAUUUGUAACCUCCUGAGAUUUUAAGGUAUUCCUUUUCUAUUCCAUUAAAGUAGGUUUUCCUAUGGA